AAUUGAUCAACGAUCCAUCCCAUCACACGUCGCACCUAUGCUAUCUAUACCGCCAACCAUGCUGUCAGUUAGUAAGUCAAUCAUUGAAAGAACAUGGCGAUACUGGCCUACUUUUGAGUCUCUCUGCGAGUCUUGAGGGAUGUUAAAUCCUCUUUGGGUUGAAUGGCCGUCCCUCUCUCUCCCAGCUUCAAUUUGCUCCAACGCAGCCAAGCACAGUCGCCGUUCACGUUCUGUCCUGGCUUCCCAUUGGGCGAUUAGAGAUCUGUACAUCUUCAUGCUGACAGCGGGGUCAGUCAUCACGGAAUAUGAUUACGUGCAUGAGACCUGUCGAAUGAUCCGAAAACCCCUUCCGUCCCCAUUCUCUAACUCCCUUUCUUCUGCCGUACAAACCGUCAGACAACCAAAAUACAUCUAGUAUCACAAUAGGUUGAGCGUUAUUUCCUAAAGUCUGUAGGAGAGGCUAAUAAAUCGUCCCGACUGAUAUGGAAUCGUAUUCUUCAUCUCGCGAUGACGCCGACUUGUUGCGCCUCGGCAAAAAGCCUGUCCUCCAGCGGAAUCUGAGCUUUCUGACAAGUCUUGCUUACAGCUGCACUGUGCUUGUCACCUGGGAAGCGUCUUUGAUUGUCUUCAUCUCGGGACUAUACAAUGGUGGUCCUGCGGGUAUCGUCUACGGUUAUAUCUUCGUCUGGGCCGGAAUGAUGUCUACCUUCAUCACCCUUUCUGAAAUGGCCUCUAUGGCACCUACAUCUGGUGGGCAGUACCAUUGGGUGUCCAUACUCUCGCCAUCAUUUACGCAGAAAUUUCUUGGCUACAUUACUGGCUGGCUGCAGUUGACCGGAUGGCAGGCGGCGGUCUCGUCGGGUGCAUUCCUCACAGGCACUAUGAUACAGAGCCUUAUUCAACUAACACGCCCGGAAUACCGCGAGCACAUGCAGAACUGGCACGGGACCUUGAUCAGCUGGGGACUUCUCAUCCUUGGCUUCAUUAUUAACGUGUCAUUUAGCACCCUUUUUGCAAGAUUCGAAAGCUUGGGGUUCAUUAUCCAUAUCCUCGGCUUCUUCGCCGUUCUUAUACCCCUAGUAGUACUUGGCGACCACAAUAGCCCCAGCGCCGUGUUCGACAAUUUCUUAAACCUAGGUGACUGGCCAACCCAAGGCCUUUCUUUCAGUAUUGGUAUCGCAGGAACUGUCUUCGCUUUUCUCGGUGGCGAUGGAGCCAUGCACAUGGCAGAAGAAAUCCGCAACCCUGCGAUUGCAUUGCCCCGAUCACUCCUUGCCACACUAAUCCUCAAUGGUACAUUGGGAUUUGGCACGGUUAUUGCGCUACUCUUCUGCGCGGGUGAUAUAGAUGACGCCUUAGCCGAAGACGGACGGUAUCCCUUCAUGCCCAUCCUUCGCAAUGCCCUCGGCUCAACAGCAGGCGCUGCUGUUCUAGCUUCCCUCAUUAUAGUUAUGAGCUUUACCUCUUUAACAGGCUGUAUAGCUUCCACAUCCCGCAUUUAUUGGGCGUUCGCUCGGGACCAGGCCCUUCCAGGCUGGCAAACCUUGAAGAAAACCAGCACAAGAACGAGCAUACCAUUCAAUUCUAUUGUCACUACGACUGCCUUAGCAGCUAUUCUCUUGCUUAUUAAUAUCGGUAAUGCAACUGCGUUCAAUGGCGUAAUAUCGAUAUCAAUUGCAGGUGUAAUGGGGUCUUACUUGAUCGCGGCUUGUGUUUUACUCUAUCGUAGACUCACUGGGGCCAUCCAAGAGCCUAAAACUGAUGAUGGCAAAAUCAACAGGAUGGAUUCGAAUCUAGUUUGGGGCCCUUGGCGCGUCAAAUCUAUCCCAGGAAUUAUCAUCAACUUAUUAACGAUUGCUUUCCUGGUCUUCUGUUUGUUCUUCAGCUUUUGGCCCACUUCAAGCAUGAUCACACCCCAGAACUUCAACUGGGCUGUACUAGUGACUUCAGUGGUUUUGUCAUUUAGCGUCGUAUAUUAUUUUGUAUGGGCGAGGAAGAUCUAUGCGGGGCCUAUUGUUGAAGUGUAGUUGCUACGUCCGCGGGGAAAACGUGCGUCGUGUAAUGUGAACAACAAAGUAAUCUCACAUCACCGUCUGAGCUUACUUCCUGCGAUGUAACGGAGAGGCAAGGGGCAUUUCUGGGCUUCACCCCUGUGUCAACUACAGGACAAUGCCGUUCUCACCACGAUGCCCAGCCUGAAAUCUUCCUAUACUUUGUUACCUUUAUACUAUACUGUACUCGUGGAUAUCUAGCCGAACCUAUCGAGUGCUCUUGGUGGCGAUGAUCCCCAUGCACAUUAUUAUAGCCAUUAAGAAAUGUUGCAUCUUGUGGACUCCCAAGCUACCCCAGCAGUGUUAGUCCAGAUCUUGUCGCAAUAGCCAAUCCUGGCCUCGCUUACUAGUACAUACUGCAUGUUGGUGAUGCAGUCAUUAUUUACCAGCUAGCUAUAAAAGACGGCGAUUUCUCUCCGAGGUUAUAGAGGUUAAAGAAAGCAGCCUGCAUGAUCAUGUCGGUCAGCACCGCGUUUGCCGCUCUGUUGAUCUAAGCAAGUCUGUCACUAGAGCAGCUCGAUUUGACGACUCGUCGCAAAGGUCUCUCCUCUCUUCUCUCUUCACUCGGAAGUUCAUGAUAGUCUCCUCCUCUUGCUAGUGCCUACUGCGUGAUUACAUUAGCACCUGAUUAAGGAUAUUUUCUCUUUGCUGUGUUUAGAUAUCAGAUAUCUGAUCGCUUUCGUGUCAACACACGC